GUCGACUUGACUUUUCCAUACCAAAAGCACCCCACCAAGACACGAUACGACCCGACACGACAAGUUCAGCUUCUCUACCAUCCAUUUUCUGUUUUUUGUUACAUAAACCACACAGCUCAACUUCAGCAUUAUACCUGUUUCGGCACUGCCGUUAAAUCGCCACAAUGUUCAAGAAAGAAAUCCAGGGCUCACCGAAGCAAAAGCUCAAAUCAUCCGUCCAGCGCUCCCUUCGCCAGGGCCUUCUCGACACAUACCCUCUUCUCAACCCCUACAUCGACGAGAUCCUGCCCAAGAAGGCCUCCCUCUCAAGCAUGAAGCUGACCGACCGCAACACCCUCUACGUUCUCGACUCGACACCUCUCUUCUACCAACAGGAUCUCACUGGCAUCCUCAUUCCUCACCUCCGUCUCGUACACCGAUUCCCUCAAGCGUUCCCCAGCAUUCGCAUAGACCGUGGUGCCAUUCGGUUCGUCCUCUCGGGCGCUACCCUCAUGGCCCCUGGCUUGACUUCCCCAGGAGGCAGACUGCCUGCCGAUGGUGCCCCCGAGGGUCUAGAAGAGGGCAAGGAGAUGGAUCAGAAGAUGGACGAGGAGGGGCGAUGGAGCAGAGAGCUUGUCAAGGGUGAGCCUGUGGUUGUCAUAGCUGAGGGCAAGGAGGAGGCCUGCGCAGUGGGAACACUUGUCGUGGGAACCAAGGAGGUCAAGGCCAAGGGCAAGGGACCCGUGAUUGAGGACGCGCAUUAUUUGGGCGAUGGACUGUGGAACUUAAGCACUGAGUAAAAUGUGGUUUGGUGUUGGGGAUCGGAGUAGGGUUUUGUGAUACCAAUGAACAAGGGAGGGAAAACACAAUUCAAGGUGGAGAGCCAUGAAUGAGAUGAUCAUGACUGGUUUAAAUGUAUUCUGGAAAAACAAAAAAGGUCAUAAAUAGACUGGUGCAUCCUGGCUUUGGCGAUGAUUGAGUGCGUCAUUUAUACGGGACGUGGGAACUUUGCACUGAUGGCCGAAGAUUACCUGUCGCGCGACCAUAAGGUGAGACUCUAUGGCUGAUAGAACCUACAGAGCAUUGCUCUCUUGGUAGGAAAUGCCUGGAGGUUAAGCUGGUCUGCCUAUGUUGAUCCAGACCUACCGUUGACACCGCAUCGUAAUGCGACUGGUGAAGAUAGAAGCAAGGUCAUUCUCUUUCCUGGCUGUGGAGAGCUCACAUACGCAAACAAAUGUCGCCCGGUGCUUCUUUA